CUGAACCAUCGAAUACGGGGUCAGGCUGCUAGCCUGCGAUUCGUUGCCCACCCCCCAAAACGUUCGUUUCUUUUUUUCUGGGGGGCAGUUCUUGCCCACAUUCGUUCACACACAGCCACGCAACGCAGGCGCCAUGACCAACCAAGGCGAUCCCAGCGGGCCUUCACUCUUUCAGGCCCGCGGCACUCGCCACGACCACGACCACCACCAUCACCACCACCACAACCACAAUCACAACCAUAACCACCAGCAUCUGCAUCUUCACCAACACCGUCGUUUGCAGUCCGCCGAGGUCGACCCCACCUCAACAUACAUUCGUUCACCUCCUAGCGAGAAGUUGCAUGGCCGUCACGUCGUCGUCGUCCAAACUGUGUCUGUCGUUCAAUUUAUCGAUGCCACGGGCGCCGUCACAAGCGUCGAGACCCUGACCCCGGAUCCCGUCGAGUCGUCCAACCCUGUUUUUCCGGCAGCAGUCACUUCCUUCUCGAGCGAGGUUGGUGACGCGUUGCCCAGCGUGUCUCUCACUGAUUUGCUCCCCGACCUGACCGAUGGCGCGCCGUCGAAGACUUCAUCUUCGUUGCUCGCGUCCUCAGAGACGCUAACGUCCACUCCUUUAACUACCUCUUCUGCCUUCCCCACGUUAUCGGUAACUUCCAACUCUUCGUCUACUCACGUGUCGUCGCUCUUUGGCAAUCACACGACCAACUUAUAUUCGAAUUCUUCGCGGACCUCAUCCGCUCUCCGUUCUGUUUUUGCUUCUACCACGACCAGGAGCAGCAGCUCUCUAUGGACUUCCACGACCAGCGUCACUGCCGCCACUAUUGAAGUCGGUGAAGCAGGGGCUGACUCGAACACGGGCGGGGAAAGUUCGGUCGCCGCUCCAGCUCCCACGGACCCAACUUCCGAGUCUCAUUCCUCUGGGCUCGCCCCGGAAACUCGAAACGCCGUGGUUGGAGGGGUUGUCGGCAGUGUUGCUGGAAUCGCCCUCAUUGUCAUUGCACUCUUGUUUCUGUUGAAGUGGAGGAAACGGCGCGGCCAGGGCAUCAUGCUGCUGGGCGAUGGGGACAACAACGCCCGGGGCAGGGGCUUUUCAUCGCCGGAACCUGCCAGUCCCAGUGGCGGGAAGAGCAUGGUGCAGCGGGCAGGUGCAUUCUCGAUACCGUCCGCCCUCGCAAGGUUGAGCGGCAAACGAGCGAUCGAGGAACCCUCCGCUGGACCGUCCCCGCAAGAGAAGGGAUUCUACAGGGUAUCAGGAAGAAAGCUGAUUUCGGUCCUCGAAUCCGGCGGUGACGGCUACAGCGAUCCCCACGAUAGCAACGGCAGCGGCUCGUCGCACUACCGAGACUCACAGGGGGGACUCUUGGAUAGCUCCAAUCCCUUCCAGCUCGGAUCGCCGAUGCGGCCGGUUAGUGGCGUUCCCAUCUUUCGCGAUGGUGCGCAACGCACCCCCGUUCACGAACAGGGACCUCUCCGGCCAGGUCAUCGCCCGUCGGUCUUCCCAAGGACGUCAUCAACAUCGGAUUCUCCCGGCCGAGGAUUUGCGUUUCGAGACGGGUCUCGAGGUUCCGGAUUUAGGUUCACCGAAGACGCGUGACGGCGUUCUUCUGGACCGACUACUAGUUCACAUUGCACAUGCCGCAUCACUUAUUCAAUUAAUGUCUGGAACAACGGCGUCAGGGCGAAAAAGAGGAAAGCGGGGGGUGGGGGUACGAAUACGUGGCUGUUGUGUAGGUCUCGACUGAUGGCCACCAUAUAGCCCUGGCACGAUUUUUGCACGCACUUACUUUACCCCUGUCUUUUUUGGCCUUACCAUAUGCACCAUAUUUGUCAGUUCAGGACGCAGAUAGAUGUAGAUACAGAUACAGGGCCGGCCAGCGUUCACCUUUUCUCCUGCUUUCUGGGGGUGGGACAUUGAGGCAUCUUGUGCGGCCGGCAGGCUUUGGCGUCGGAGUUGUUUUUAAUCCCCCUUCGUUGUACAUAUUGCAUGAGGAGCAACCGUCAACUUCAAAUAUACCUACCUGAUGGGCAUAGAGUGUUGCGAAGACGGUCAAAGGGAGGGUUGUUUGCGUCGUCAUAUUCUCUUGUUAGGCGUUGUAUCCUGCCCGUAGGUUUCUUCCUGGGCCGAUCCUGAUCGCAGUUGGAAGACGUUGACCGCAAGUCCAGGAAGACUUCUAGGGUCAGCCGUGCCGUGACAAUCAGAGAUGAGAGUGGCUACGGUUGGUUGCCGUGUCGUCCCAAGUCUCGCCUUGGAAUAUUGUCCGUCUCCAUUACUCAUUUACCUCGCUUUGCAUCAUGGCUUAGGCAAGAGAUCCGCGAGCAGGAGGUGCCGUAGUCGGCUCCGUUUCCUCGGGCUUAUUGACGGGAAGAGAAACGAUCUCUCGACCAGCAUCGGCCAAAGGAAGACAGGAGCAACACUAUAUUUAGACUGAGGUCUGUAUAUAGCAUAUCGAUUGAACAUGGGCUGCGCACCUCUUGGUGUGCCUGGCCUGAUACAGGGUGCGCUCCUCCGGUUUCCCGGAUUCGUACAUUCC